CAAUGUUGUUGUUCGUGUAGUCUGAUGUUGAUGCUUUGGCUAGGUUGGAGAGGCGUGACGUUUAAUGCUAGAUUUGCACAGAGGACAUUUGCCUUCUUCCGCUGCAAUUUACCAUUAAAACCGCUGGUUGAGAGAUGUCUGAAAGCUCCAGUGACACGGAGUCGUCCUGUGGAUGGACAGUCAUUAGUAAUGAGGGUUCGGACAUUGAGACGCUGGGGCCGGAUAACACUGGAGAGUGUGAGGAUAGAGCAGUUAGCUGUGCUCCGGACAUACCUGACGACGAGCGGGUUGAGGAGAGUUUGGGAGAGACUUCUUUAGACCUCACACUGAGAGAGGAGACAACAACAGAGGAGGCACCUGCCCAAAAGGCCGGAGAUAAUGUGGGUGGGGAAGAACAUGUGAUUCUUUGCUCCUCCAGUGAGAACUCUGACAUCCUAACCCUGCCAGACUCUUGUGAGGCGGAGAUUGAUGCAUGGAAGGAGCCUGUUGCCAAGGAGGCAAAGGAAGCAGGAAGUGACGAGUUCUAUCUCGGAAGCUCAUCGAGCAGCCAGUAUACUUUUAGAGAAUCUGAGACAAUUUUCCCAGUGGAUCAGCCUGUGCAGCGAGACGGCAGUACCAGCAGCAGUGAGGAUGAGGAGGAUGAGAUGAAGGCCAGCCCUGUGGUGAGGAGACGCAGAGUGAGGAGGAGCACCACCGGCUCAGAGCCUGGAGAUCCGCAGGAGCCCCACAGGAGACAGGAGGUUGUUGAAGACAUACAAGCCCAUCCGGAUGCCCGCGCUGCUCCGCAAGAUCAAGGUCAUGUCAGCGGCACUUUGAACAAAUGCAUCCUGUUAGCGUUGCUCAUCGCCAUCAGCAUGGGCUUCGGGCACUUCUACGGCACAAUGCAGGUUCAGGAGAGGCAGAGGAUUGUGGAAAAGAGCCGCGUGAAUGAGCUGGAAGUGCCGUCCAAGAGAGAACUGGCCAUUGUAAUGGUUGAAAAUCUAAGAGAAAAUCUAGAAGAAAAGCAAGACAUGGUGCUGUCCCUCACAAGCAUCAUGGAUAAGAUAACUAAAGAAAACCAGCAUCUCAGAGUCAAACAGGAAGAGCUACAGGCCCAAAGACAAGAUUUAUAUGAGCAACUGACGCAAACCAAGAGUGAGAUGGAGUCUCGGCAAAAAGACCUGACCAUGGAGAACCAGGACCUUAAAAUCACUCUCGAGCGAGAAGAGUCAUCUCUCUCGGCCCUGCAGGAGGAACUGAGGUACCUGCGGGGACAGAUCCAAGAGCUGGAGGAGAGAGGAGCCGGGACCGACUCAAUCCUGUCCGAGAACCAGCGACUGAAGGGCUACUUGCAGGAGGAGAAGCAGAAAUUACGCAACUUCAUGAGCCAAAGGGAAGCUCUGGUGGCCGAGGCUCAGGUGUUGCGGAAAGAGCUCGAUAAAGAGCGGAAGGCAACGGACAAGCUGAAGGAGGAACUGGAGGAAAUGAGUCCGAAAGAGGAGGAUGUUGAGGGCAAGACGGAUCCAGAGACCGAAGAACUGCAGGCUCAACUUCAGGAGCUCGAAAACAAGUUGAAGUUUGAGCAGCAGCGCUCUGAUCUUUGGGAGAGACUGUACGUGGAGUCGAAGGCGGAGAGAGCCAAGGGUGACAGGGACGUAAAGACCAAGAUUCCCAAGGAUGGGAUGCUAGGAAAGGUGAAAGAAACGUUUGAUGCUGUGAAGAAUUCCACCAAAGAGUUUGUGCACCAUCAAAAGGAGCAGAUCAAGAGGGCCAAAGAGGCGGUUAAGGAAAAUCUCCGGAAGUUUUCCGACUCCGUUAAAUCCACGUUCAGGCAUUUUAAAGACUCUGCCUCAAACGUGUUCAACCAUGAAAAGAGGUUUCAAGCCAGGAAACCCGAGCAUCAAACGUUUCAGCAAGAGCAAGGAAACAAACGUGCCGAAGAUUGGCAGCCUCAGAAACCUUUACACCGACAUCCUCACAAAUCGACCAUUGACUCUUUCUUUCACGCUGAUCGCAACACUCGCAAACCUGGUAAUCAGAAAGCCCACACUACUAUGGGUCAGAAAAUGCCACUCAAAGGCUGUUCGGGUGUUUUUGACUGUGCCUAUCAGGAGUCGAUGAGUCUGUUCAAUAAGGCAAUGGACCCCAUUCGUGCGGAUGAGUUUAACGAACUUCUGCGCAGUUAUUUGCAUAAAGAAGUCAGCCAUUUCCACCACUGGAGAGAGCUGGAGAGCUUCAUCAAUAAUUUCUUCCAUAACGGCGUCUUCAUCCACGACCAGAUGCUGUUUACGGACUUUGUCAGUGGCGUUGAGGACUAUCUUGAGGAAAUGGACGAAUAUCACAGUCUCAGUGAUGAUGUGUUUGAGGAUCUGGACGACUACAUAUACCGGCACAUAUUUGGAGAUACGUACUUAAAAUACUUUGGGCCAAGUCGUCCCUUCAAAGCGUCGGGGUCGAAGGGUAAAGCAUGGGGUCAUUGUCAGCGGCAACAGAGGAAGCACCAGCAGCCACGACCUCGGCCUCAGAGAACGAAGAAAUGGAGCCAAUCAGAACGCGACCCCAAUCGGCAGUUCACAGAUGUCAAAAUAGAGCUGGGUCCCAUGCCCUUCGAUCCCAAAUAUUAACAGAAACAUUUUAGUUCUUUGUAAUGUUGCUCCUUUAGCAAAUUUGUUGUAUCUUGGAGGAGAUUAAAUAAUGCUUUGGACUUUUGCACAUGUAAAAUACUGUUCUAAUGCUG